AUGGAUUUGAUUGAAGUUGAAGAUUUAGAGGACGAUGAAGUACUGCCUGAGAUUGAUCCGUUGCAUUUGGAAGAUUUUGAUUUUUCCUUUCAGCAAGACAUUGAGCAUUUGAACUCGAUUGCUUCAGGUUUAGCUGGCAACAUGUCUCAGGACCUGGCACGCCAUCAAUCGCCGGAUUCAGGUUUUGAUGCCGACCUGCUGGAUGAGGCUCAUGACGAUGGAGUCGAGUUCAUCGAUCAACCUGCUCAGGAGAGUUGUGAUCCCAAUACAGGUACGAAUGCAUGCAUUGUUGACAAAACAGAUUGGGCACUCACUGUGAAUCAUGCCUUUGAACGUCACAGAGCUUUGGACCCUGCCAUGAAGCUUCCGUGGGAACAACCUUCAAUGCAGGGAAUCUUUCACAACAGUCUGGGCCUCAACUUACCACAAGUUCAUGGUAUAGCCUUGGAGUUGCCUGCAACUAAGAAUGAAGAUAGAAAUCAAAUCUCGGUCAGCGGAGAAGUUGAAGCUUGUGCAGAUGCCGCUUUUCUGAGUGCAGUGAAGGACAUUCAGGACUUGGACUACUUUGAAAACAAACGAAUGCAAACAGAUUUGGCUUGUGCAAAGUGGCUUGAUAUCCUUUCCAUGAACUGGAGUGCAUCUGCCAUUGGCCAACAGGUUUGUGAAGAUCUCAGGAGCGAUCCCACUGGAGAGUUGGCGAACGAAACCCUCAAGGCUUGUUUUGGUACAAAGAGUUAUUCUACUUUGCUCAAGCGUGCAGGAAGUUUGAAACGUUUCAUUCUUUGGCACAGAGACCAUUACUUGGAGAGAGGUUUCAGUGUUGAUGCAAUACCGCUGCAUGAGCCAGACGUUUGGAACUACUUCAGGCACUUGAGAGACUCCAGAAUCCGUGAUGCACGUGGGUACACCGGACCUGCCACUUUUCUUGAGACUGUGAGGUUCACAAAGUUUACGAUUGCAUUGCGAGGUGCCGACGACAUCCUGGAAUCUAGGAGACUGCAAGGUUUUGCAGCCAUAGAAAAACGUGAGAAGGGGCCCACUCAUCAGGCCCCUCCUAUGGAGCUUGAACAUUUGAGGCGUCUUCAUUCGGUGUUGUUGGGUGCCGAUAGCAUUGUGGACAAGGUUGGGGCAGGUUGCAUGCUUUUGUGUACAUAUGCUCGAGCACGCUGGAGUGAUCUACGCUUCAUUCAUCAUGUUGAGAUUGAGAGCAAGAGGAAUGGAUGUUUGGUUUUGUACACAACUGAGCAUAAGACUUCUGCUGUCGGUGAAAAGAAAGAGCAAUACCUGCCCUUUGUUGUUCCUUGGGAUGGAGUGACAAACGAAAACUGGCUGCAGACUUUCCUGGAUCUUUACCAACAGGUUGGGCUAAAUAUUCACAAGGUACCGCUGGGUCCUCUUCUUCCUGCACCUAGAUCCGGUGGUGGAUUCUGCGCACGGCCCUUGACCACGUCCGAAGCUGCAGCCUGGUUACGAGGUCUUCUGAAGGGAACUUCAAACUGGGAAUCCUUUCGCUCCCAUUCCAUGAAGGCUACCCUAUUGGAUUGGUGUGCGAGAUCUGGAAUGGAUAAGGAAGUUCGGUCAGUGCUUGGGCAUCAUUGCAGUGCUGUAAGUGGUUCAGAAGUAGUGUAUGCUCGUCAUUUGCAAGCCAGGCCAAUUCGGAAAUUGAUGAUGCUACUUGGAUUGAUCAGGAUUGGCAUGGGCCUUGAGGAAAUCGCUGACAGGGGCAACAUUGCAGGUGCAGAAGCCGACCCUGUUCAGGAUGCUGUAGAGGGUGUUCAGGACCACGAAGACCAACUUAGCAUCAAGGAAGAGAUGAACAAUGCUGCAGACGUUGCUACCUCAGCAAACAGCUUGAGCUUGUUUCCAGAAAGCAUUGUUCAACUUGGUUUGAUCGAGAUUGACAGUUCGUCCGGCAGUGACAGUGAGUCGAGCAGCACAAGCAGCGAUGAGCCGCUGGCUGAGACUUUUGAAACACGUCCUGCAUACACUGAAGCAGACGCAGUUGAAGCCCUGGACAAAGCUUUAGAGAGAGUUCGGAAAGCCAGGAGAAGUGCAAGGUAA